GCAUUUAUUAUGAAAGUAUAAAAAAGUAAAUGACAGCAAAAUGUCAGAAUCCGUCUAAUGAACCAGGUCCGACCAUCUUUUGUCGAAUCAAAAUAUUAUGGAUAUCAAAUAAUUUAACUAAUUGGCGAAAGUAUUCAUUUUUUGUUUACAAGGACCUGACUAUUACGAUGGCAACUAAAUUCGUGAAAUAUUCACAAUUAAUAAACAAUCAAACCAAAUACGCCGAGAGGAUGAAGCGUUUGUCUAAUAGAAUUUUCGGUGAAGUAGCGAUACCAACCAACGCAAAGUCAAUGAAAGUCGUAAAAAUAUUUUCCGAACGACCGCUUCACACCAACGAGAACAUCUUACAUUACUAUCCCCGGCACGUGGAGACACACGCGUUGAUGUUGAAGCUGAGAGAAUACGGAUUGUUUAGAGAUGAACACCAGGACUUCAAGGAGGAAAUGAAACGGCUCAGGGAGCUGAGAGGAAAGGUCAAAGUGUGGAAGAGGCUUCUUAAUAAGGAACAGAAAGAGGCGGAUACAUAGGCGUUAACAUGUUUAGACAAUAGUUUAGUUAAAUGUUAAUAAAACAAUUGAUAUCA